AUGGUGGUGAAGAUGAUGAAGUGGCGGCCAUGGCCGCCUCUAGUUACGAGGAAAUACGAGGUGAAGCUUGUGGUGAAGAAGCUGGAAGGUUGGGAUCUGGUGAGGGAGAAUGCACCGGAGAAAGAGAAAUUGACGGUGGAGAUUCGCUGGAAAGGUCCUAAGGCGACAUUGGGAUCUCUGAGGAGGACGGUGAAGAGGAAUUUGACGAAGGAAGCAUUGGGAGAAAGCGACGUCGUUUCAUGGGAAGACGAAGAGUUUCAGAGCUUAUGCUCUCUCACUUCUUACAAGGAUACUUUGUUUUAUCCAUGGGAGAUUGCUUUCUCUGUCUUCAUCAAUGGAAUGAAGCAAGGGCAGAAGAAUAAAGCUCCUCUAGUUGGAACAGCAUUUUUGAAUCUUGCUGAAUACGCGCGUGUAACCGAUCAAAAAGAAUUCGAGUUAAACAUUCCUCUCACGCUCUCUGCUUGUGCUACCUCCGAGCCACAUCCAUUGCUCUUUGUUUCAUUGAGCCUGCUUGAGCUUAGAACCACUCCAGAAACCUCGGACUCGGCUGCACAAACCGCGGUUGUGCCUAUCCCAUCUCCACCGCCACAACAGCCUAUUGAAGCUCAUUCAACUGAGAAGGAUGAUGUCUCUGCAAUUAAAGCUGGUCUCAGGAAAGUCAAGAUUUUUACAGAGUUUGUAUCUACAAGGAAAGCCAAGAAGGCUUGCCGAGAAGAAGAAGGCAGAUUCUCAAGCUUUGAAUCAUCAGAAUCUCUCGACGAUUUCGAGGAAGAUUUUGAUCAGUGCAAAGAAGAUUUGAUGAGUGUGAGAAAAUCUUUCUCCUAUGGACCUUUGUCUUAUGCAAAUGGUGUGGGAAGUUCAUUGAACUGUGGCACAAAAGUUAGCGAUGAAGACGAAGAUUGGAUUUAUUAUAGCCACAGGAAGUCUGACGUAGGAGGAGGUUGCUCGGACGCUGAAGAUUCUGCUGCUGCUGCUUUGGUAUAUGAGACAUCGCUUCUUCCACGGCGUAGCAUAUUGCCAUGGAGAAAGCGGAAAUUGAGCUUUAGGUCGCCGAAAUCCAAAGGAGAGCCUUUGUUGAAGAAGGAUAAUGGAGAAGAAGGUGGAGACGACAUUGAUUAUGAUCGGAGGCAACGUAGCUCAGAUGAAGCUCAUCCUCCUCUUAGGAGCCAAAGAGAUGAAGAUUCAUAUGCUAAUCCGCAGUCUCCUUUCUCGGAGUUUGGAGACGACAGUUUUGCGAUUGGAAGUUGGGAAGAGAAAGAAGUGAUAAGCCGAGAUGAACACAUGAAGCUUCAGACAAAUGUAUUUCUUGCUUCAAUAGAUCAGAGAAGCGAGCGAGCAGCGGGUGAGAGUGCCUGUACUGCUCUUGUAGCAGUUAUUGCCGAUUGGUUUCAGAAGAACGGUAACGUCAUGCCGAUUAAGUCUCAGUUCGAUAGUUUGAUCAGAGAAGGUUCUUUAGAGUGGAGAAACCUCUGUGAAAACGAAACGUAUAUGCAGAAAUUCCCUGACAAGCAUUUCGAUCUCGAUACUGUGCUACAAGCAAAGAUCCGUUCUCUAAACGUUAUUCCGGGGAAGUCCUUUGUUGGGUUUUUCCACCCUGACGGAAUGAUUAACGAGGGAAGAUUCGAGUUUCUGCAAGGUGCAAUGUCUUUCGAUAGUAUUUGGGAUGAGAUUAUUAGUCUUGAGGAAAGCUCGCAGAACGAUGACUCGCCUCACGUUUACAUUGUGAGUUGGAAUGAUCACUUUUUUGUUCUCAAAGUUGAAAACGAAGCUUACUAUAUCAUCGACACGCUUGGAGAAAGGCUCUAUGAGGGUUGUGAUCAAGCUUACAUUCUAAAAUUCGACAAAAAAACCGUCAUCCACAAGAUUCUUCAUGCAGAAGAAUCAGAAUCGGAAUCUGAACCAGAGAUCGUGUGCAGAGGAAAGGUGUCAUGUAAAGAGUAUAUUAAGAGUUUCUUGGCCGCAAUACCGAUUAGGGAAUUGCUAGAGGAUAUCAAGAAAGGACUAGCUUCUACCGCACCUGUCCACCACCGCUUACAGAUCGAGUUUCAUUACACGAAGAUGACUACAAACGCAGAGAUUGCGGUAUAA